GAAAGGGGGGGAAGUUUGAUCCUCUUUCUCACGGAUCGCAGUCAACGGGAGUUUUUUUUCUCCCAACUCUUUACGCAUAGGAUUUUUCCCCGUUUUGGCUACGUUUGUUUUUUUAUUUUAGGAUUUUUUCCCGCAGAACGUGGUAAAUCUCGGCGCGGUGUCUGCAGCGUGCGCGCUCCGCUACACUGGAUUUUAAUUUUAUUUUCUGUUUUCUUCCCGUCUCCUAAGUUUGCUUCAAGCUCAUGACUAUGCUUCUUGAUAGCGGUCCGCAGUUUGCAUCGUUAGGAGUGGGGGGUUUCGGGACACCGCGGCACCACGAAAUCGGGAACAGAGACCCGGGUCUGGGACUGAACCCCUUCGCCGAUUCUUCCCACUCCGCAGCUUUCAAAAUCAGCCCCGUGGCUCACGACAUCGCCUCCAGCCAGACAUCAGCUUUCACCCCGCAAGCCACUGGAUAUGCAGCUGCCCUGGGACACAGUCACGGCGGGCAGGUGGGCUCGUACGGUGGGGGAGCGUUCAAUUCCACACGGGACUUUCUCUUCCGGAACCGGGGUGUUGGAGAGUCCACAGCGCCCAGCGCACAGCAUGGGAUCUUUGCAGCUUCGGCGGGGAGCCUCCACGGGCCGCCCGGGAUCACCGAUAACCCCGGACAUCUGUUGUUUCCAGGACUUCACGACCAGGGGGUGAGCCACACUUCACCGAGUGGACAUGUAGUUAACAGCCAAAUGCAUCUUGGCUUACGCGGGGACAUUUUCGGAAGACCUGAUCCGUACCGUCCGGUCGCGAGCCCUCGGACGGACCCCUACGGGGCUCAGCUGCACAACUACAGCCAUCCUAUCAACAUGAACAUGGGGAUGAAUGUGCCCACACACCACGGUCCGGGGGCCUUCUUUAGAUACAUGAGGCAACCCAUCAAACAAGAAUUAUCCUGCAAAUGGAUAGACGAGAACCAGAUGAACAGACCCAAAAAGACUUGCGACAGAACUUUCAGCACCAUGCACGAGAUGGUCACUCAUGUGUCCAUGGAGCACGUCGGCGGCCCCGAGCAGAGCAACCACAUCUGCUUCUGGGAGGACUGCCCGAGAGAAGGAAAAUCUUUUAAGGCCAAGUACAAACUCGUCAACCACAUCCGUGUGCACACGGGCGAGAAACCGUUCCCAUGCCCGUUCCCCGGAUGUGGGAAAAUAUUCGCCAGAUCGGAAAAUUUGAAAAUCCACAAAAGAACACAUACAGGUGAGAAGCCGUUUAAGUGUGAAUUUGAUGGCUGUGACAGACGCUUCGCCAACAGCAGCGACAGGAAAAAGCACAUGCAUGUGCACACAUCAGACAAGCCAUACAUCUGCAAAGUGUGCGACAAGUCAUACACACACCCCAGCUCUCUCAGGAAACACAUGAAGGUACACGAGUCUCAAGGAUCCGAAUCGUCUCCAGCAGCAAGCUCUGGAUACGAGUCGUCCACACCGCCAGUGCUGGUCUCAGCCAACACUGAAGACCCGACAAAAACACCGCCGUUAGCCGUACAAAACACGUCUGGCCACAGCGAAGGACUGGCACCCAACUUUAAUGAAUGGUACGUUUGAAGUCAGAAGAACAAACCCUCUCUCUAUGUGGACCACGGGGUUGAGGAUGAAAAGAGGAUAAAAACCUUAAAAACUAUUCCUGUUCUCCUCACACACUCAUACUCUCUCUCUCUCACACACACAAUCACACACACUCUCUCACACACACGUCACGCUGUCAGACACACACAAAUGGGAUUGGGACAACAACAACAACAGGAGAUGAGAGCAAAAGCCAGCACCAAGCAGGCCACGUCCGUUCUCAGGAUCACGAAAAUUUGACUUUUAUU